CCUUCUCCCGGUGCAGCUGAAAUUUCUCUUCCUUUCCUGGAGCUGAGGUCUCUCUGCCUUUUUCCUUCAGAGCUGAGAUCACACUGCCUUCACUUGGACCUGAGAUCUCUGCCUUCUGGACCCUAGCCCUGUAGGUGCAGGUCCCAGGCCAGCCCCUUGCCCUGGGAUCCUUCUCCCUCCCCUGCUCAGUCUGCAGAAGACCAAGGCCUAACCCAAGCAGGGAACCUGGAGCCAGAGGGAAUGGCCUCUGGGAGCUGCAGACCCCCACCCCAGGAGUUGCUGACAUUCCAGGAUGUGGCUGUAGACUUCAUCCCAGAGGAGUGGGACCUCUUAGGCCAUCCUCAGAAGGAGUUGUACAAGGAGGUCAUGCUGGAGAAUGCUCAGAACUUGCUCUUCUUGGGGCUUCCAGUUCCCAGAGAAUAUUUGAUGUAUUCUGAGGAAAGUGAAGCACCAUGGAUGCUGGAAGAAGAAGGCCUGAGGAGCUGCUGUCCAGAAGGAGAGAUUGGACCUGAAAUAAGAGAGACUACUGAAAAACUAAGGAUUUCUGUGGAAGGAACACACAAAGAAAGCUUCAUGUGUGAUGGUCCCUGUGACUUCACUGGGAGAAAAAUCUGUGCUGUAUUUCACAGAAUCCACACAGGAAAGAAAUCUCGUAAUUCUCAUCAUUGUGGGAAAGACAUAAAUAAACAGUCAUCCCUGAUUUACCAGCAAAAAAUUCAUACUGGAGAGAAACCACACGAGUGUCACAAAUGUGCUGAACCUUUUAGUGAACACUCAUCCUUAAUUAUUCAUCACAGUGUUCACGGUGACAAGAAAUCUUAUGAAUGUCCUCAGUGUGGAAAGACUUGGAGUUGUAGCUCUAGUCUUGCUGUACAUCAGAGCAUCCACACUGGGGAGAAACCUUAUGAGUAUGAUAAAUACAGAAAGGCAUUCACACAGAGCUCCAACCUUACUCAAACUCAGAGAAUCCACAAUGUUGAGAAACCUUAUGAAUGUAAUCGAUGUGGAAAGGCUUUUGCACAGAGCUUCAAUCUUGCUCGACAUCUUAGAAUCCACACUGGAGAGAAAAGUUAUGAAAGUAAUCAAUGUGGAAAGGCUUUCAGCAUCUCCAAACUUACUGCACAUCAGAGAAUCCACAGUGGGGAGAAACCUUAUGAAUGUAAUCAAUGUGGAAAGGCUUUCACAAAAAACUCUAAUCUUACUGUACAUAAGAGAAUCCACACUGGGGAGAAACCUUACAAAUGUAAUCAGUGUGUAAAGGCUUUCAACGUAAGGAAUAGUCUUGCUAUACAUCAGAGAAUCCAUGCUGGAGAGAAGCCUUAUGAAUGUAAUCAGUGUGGAAAGGCUUUCACAGUGAGCUCUAGUCUUGCUGCACAUCAAAAAACCCACAGUGGGGAGAAACCUUAUGAAUGUAAUCAAUGUGGAAAGGCUUUUGCAAAAAAAUCCAAUCUCACUGUACAUAAGAGAAUCCACACUGGGGAGAAACCUUUUGAAUGUAAUCAAUGUGGAAGGGCUUUCAAUUUAAGGAAUAGUCUUAUUGUACAUCAGAGCAUCCACGCUGGAGAGAAACCAUAUGAAUGUAAUCAGUGUGCAAAGGCUUUUACACAGAGCUCCAGACUUGCUGCACAUAAGAGAAUCCACACUGGAGAGAAACCUUAUGAGUGUGAUCACUGUGGAAAGGCUUUCAAUUUAAGGUAUAGUCUUACUGUACAUCAGAGAAUCCAUGCUGGAGAGAAACCUUAUGAAUGUAAUCAUUGUGGAAAGGCUUUCACACAGAGCGCCACACUUGCUGCACACCAGAGAAUCCACACUGGAGAGAAACCUUAUGAGUGUAAUCACUGUGGAAAGGCUUUCAAUUUAAGGUGUAGUCUUACUGUACAUCAGAGAAUCCACGCUGGAGAGAAACCUUUUGAAUGUAAUCAAUGUGGAAAGGCUUUCACACAGAGCUCCAGUCUUGCUGCACAUCAGAAAAUCCACACUGGGGAAAAACCUUAUGAAUGUAAUCAAUGUGGAAAGGCUUUCACAAAAAACUCUAAUCUUACUGUACAUAAGAGAAUCCACACUGGAGAGAAACCUAAUAAACUUUAUAAAUGUAGUCAAUGUGGAAAGGCUUUCACACAGAGUUCCAAUCUUGCUCUGCAUCAGAGAAUCCACACUGGAGAGAAACCUUAUGAAUGUAAUCAAUGUGGAAAGGCUUUCACACAGAGUUCCAAUCUUGCUCUGCAUCAGAGAAUCCACACUGGGGAGAAACCUUAUGAAUGUAAUCAAUGUGGAAAGGCUUUCAGAAUCAACUCCAAACUUACUGCACAUCAGAGAAUCCACACUGGGGAGAAACCUUUUAAGUGUAAUCACUGCGGAAAGGCUUUCAAUUUAAGGUAUAGUCUUGCUGUACAUCAGAGAAUCCAUGCUGGAGAGAAACCAUAUGAAUGUAACCAAUGUAGAAAAACUUUCACAGAGAGCUCCAGUCUUACUGCACAUCAGAGAAUCCACAGUGGGGAGAAACCUUAUGAAUGUAAUCAAUGUGGAAAGGCUUUCACAAAAAACUCUAAUCUUACUGCACAUCAGAGAAUCCACAGUGGGGAGAAACCUUAUGAAUGUGAUCAAUGUGGAAAGGCUUUCACACAUAGCUCCAGUCUUACUGCACAUCAGAGAAUCCACAGUGGGGAGAAACCUUAUGAAUGUGAUCAAUGUGGAAAGGCUUUCACACAGAGCUUCAGACUUGCUGUACACAAGAGAAUCCACACAGGGGAGAAACCUUAUGAAUGUAAUCAAUGUGGAAAGGCUUUCACGCAUAGCUCCAGUCUUGCUGCACAUCAGAGAAUGCACAGUGGGGAGAAACCUUAUGAAUGUAAUCAAUGUGGAAAGGCUUUCACAAAAAACUCUAAUCUUACUGUACAUAAGAAAAUGCACAGUGGGGAGAAACCUAAUGUGAUUAAAACUUUUAUGUAGCAUCUCACUUUACUAUACAAAUGUGAUACAAGCAGAGACCAACUAUUAACUAUUGCUUUUGAAUAACAGAAGAACGGUUGUUUUUUCUAUCUCCUGUCAACCAAAGAGCAAUCAUGGAGGCCUGUUAACUCUUAUAUGCCCUUAGAUAAGUGGGUGCGACCAACAGGCAUAAAACAAUUCUGAUGGGUUAAAACCUAAUGAGAAUGAGUAUUAUAAUGAAUGGUGAACAUAGUCUACUGAGUAGCUGGGGAAUAUGACUUAUGACUCCAUCUUGGAUGGAGAGACUUAUCUCUAUCCGGAUCUGUCUGACUAAAACACAAUGGGCCCAAAUUCACGUAGACUAAAAUUUCUUUACCUUUUGGUCAGAUCUAAACUUUCCCAGUUGGCUAAGUCUUGUCAAAGAUUUCAUCUCAUUAUUUUCACUGUUGUAUGAGAAAGGGGAAAGAUGGCAAAUGCUUAAUCCUAAUUCAAUAAAUAGUUAUUAUGUCAUUUCUUUCACAUUGGAUAAUCCAUUCUAGAGGACAUAUCUCAUUAAUAUAAUCACUAUGAAAAGUGUUCAGGAUAAAGUCAUUCCUUAUUUCCCAUCAGAAUUCACAUGUGGUAGAAAUCAUAUUCCUGUAAUGAAUGUGGAAAGACAUUCAGAUGAACUAUAGAACUUGCUAGAUAUCAGAAAUUUUGCCUUAUGGACAAGCCCUAUGUGCACUCAGUUGGGAAGGUCUGCAGCCACAGAUCAUCUCUUCCUUUACAUCAAACAUUUGUAGUGGAGAGAAGACUUAUGAAUGUGCUCAAUGAGGACUUGCCUUUUCCUGGAAGAGGCAGGUCACUAGAUACCACAAUAUUCACACUGGAAGGAAGCCUGAUAAAAGCAGUAAUGGUGUGAAGGCCUUCACCUGGAGCUCAUAAAUUUGUGUACAUUAUGUACUCCAAUGUGUACAUUGGAGUAAUCUUCCUGGAGAUAAAACUUAUGGAUCCAAUUAAUGAUGGCCUCUCCCUGCAGCACAGACCUCCCUAGACAUUAUAUAUUUCAUAUAGUGCCUGAAGCCCUAAAAAUGGAUUGAAUUUUUCUCUAAAAUCCCAAGGUCUCUCCUGACUCUCCUGAAAUAUUCCAUGGCCCCUAGGGUGAAGCCUGCCACAGGCUUGUUCACUUAACUGCACUCUCCUUCCACUAUAGUAAGACACUUUUCCUGCUCACCUUCCCAGCUUUCCUAGGCUGCUAAUCUGCUUCACUGCUCCAAAAUUGGUUCUGAGCCAUUGUUGUGAGCUUGUUUGGAAGGGAAUUUGGAAGAGCCCAGGAAAGUUACUGCCUCACCUUGACUUCUUGGCUCCCAAAGUCCUCAUGCCCAUUUUUGCAGUAAAUAUUCCCUUGAUAGCUCACAUUUCCUUGAGAAGAUCUAUUGUCUCUCCCAUUCAUUUCUUUAAUUCUAUUUCUUUGUAUUGCUCAUUUAGAAAAAACCUUAUCUCUCCUUGCUGUUCUGAAAUUCUGAAUUCAUUGGGCUAUAUCUUCUCUCUUUCCUCUUCCUUUCAUUCUUUCCUCAGCUAUUUGUAAGGCCUCAUCAGACAGCCAUUUUGCCUUC